GGUCUGCGUAAAACUCCGCCUCCACUCUCGGAUCCUUGCGCUUUCCUUAUUCACAGCCUCUCACGUUGAAGAUAGAGAGAGAAAGAGAGAGAGAGAGAGAGAGAGAGAGAGAGAAAGGAGAAGAAGGACACAACACAAAGAAUUAAAAGGAGACGAGGAAAAAGCCAGAGGACGAAGAAGAACACGGGGGGAGCAGCGGAACCACCAUGGCAAUGUCCAGAGCGUCUCAGCCUGAGAUGGUGUCCGAGUACAGCGCACCUCUGCCUGUGUCGACCCCCUUACGGAGCCUGCAGUCGCACAAUAGACAGAGUCCGGAUGAAUGAGGCUCCGCUGCACCUGGGCCGCGGACAAAAUGCGGGUCAUCUUCAUCCUAAACGCCGGUUUCGUCGCAGCUUUCUCGGCCCCCGUAGACGUGAGUCGGUGAUGUCGGCAGCGUGUAGGAUGACAGAUGAGCCAGAAUCAGACAGAUCGUGCCAGUCAGUGAAAGAGUGACGAGAUAAGACCCAUUUAUCCAUUUUAUUAUUAUUAUCAUCAUUAUUAUUAUUACCGGAGGAGGGACGUCAUUUUUAAAGGAGCCUGCUGCGCAGACCUGAAUGCUUGUGUUAUCACAAUAUUGGCACUAGAGUUCAUGUGUAUCAGGCUCCAUGAUUAUGUAUCAGGUUAUUAUAGACCGAUAAUAGACUCCUCGUGCUUAAUCCAUUAGUAGAUUGAUUAUAUAUCGAUAAUAACAUGACUAGGUAGGAACCAGCUUUGAUCAAAGCCAAAUGAUCAACCAAGACAAUCUGGAAAUGUUUCCACGUGUUUUAACAUGACUAGCAAGCUACGCAUUAUUCCUUGUAAUUUAUUUAUUUAUUAUAACUAUUAUUAGGCCUAUAAGUAUUAUAUCAUCAAGUAGGUAGUUUGAAAUAUAUAUUUUUUAACAGCAGGGGUAGGUUGUUAAAACGCUUCCCCAUAUAGUUGAUAUGGAAACCGCAUAUUUAUCGCCCCACCGGGGGGCAACCCGGCCCGAGUUCCCGGGAGCCGGGCAAACUUCAGCGGGCAAACCGGCGGUGGGCAGUGGUGGUGGUGACCUCUCCCGUACGCCACCUCCAGCUGCUCCGCCGCCCGGCGAGGACGUCCCGGGGAGCGGCGACGGGCGACGCAACUCGGGUGUGAAGAAGCACCACCACAAGCACAACCUGAAGCACCGCUACGAGCUGCUGGAGACGCUGGGGAGAGGCACCUACGGGAAGGUCAAGAAGGCCAUCGAGCGGCACUCCGGCAGAGAGGUGGCAAUCAAGUCCAUUCGGAAGGAGAAGAUCAAGGAUGAGCAGGACAUGGUUCACAUUCGCAGAGAGAUCGAGAUCAUGUCAUCGCUCCGCCACCCACACAUCAUCUCUAUAUAUGAAG